AUGCUGCUGAGAGGUCGAAAGGGGCUCCGUCGGCUGGCGACAACAACAGCAGCUACAGCAACCACCACCACCACCCGAGCAAUAUCGCUACUGGACCUGCACAUCGCACGGGGGUUCUCCGGGUCGGCCAAAUCAAGCAGCAACAAGGCCAGCGCCAAUGGCGGAGGCCAAGCCCGAGGAGGAGGAGGAGGAGUUGCUCACAAGCAAAGGCAAAGGCGACCGGGAGCAGGCAAGAGCGGAGCGGGGGGGACGGCGGUUGGGCGGGCGACCAAGGGGGGGUCGUCCGGGCUCUGGAUGAGACGCCACCUCAAGGACCCUUACGUGUCGGCGGCGAUCGAAGCGGGCGCUCCCUCCCGCGCGGCCUUUAAGCUGGUUGAGAUCAACGACAGGCACGGGGUACUAUCGGCGGGAGACCGGGCGCCGGCCAGUCGGGGGGGCGGCAGCAGGGGGGGGGGGGCGCCCCCGGCGCUCCCGCCGCCCCUUCCCGAGGGGCGUCUCGAGGCGGCGGAGAGAAAAGGCGGGCGUGGGAGGGGGGCGGUGGUGGUGGCGGUGGAUUUACUUGACAUGGAGGCGGACUUGCCUGGGGUGCAGGCGAUCCGCGGAGACUUUCGUGACGAAGAGGUCGAGUCGAGGAUCUUUGGCCUAUUGUCGGCGAGGGAGCGGCUACAGCCGGCGCCCGGAAACGAGCGGCCGAAGCGGGACGAGCAGCGGGUGUUACCCCUGCAACCACCCGGGGCCACGGCGGCGGAGAGCGGAGAAGAACGAGCCGAUCUUCGUCGCGACGAGACGAAGCUUCGCAGCAGCGACGGUUACAGCGUCGACGAUGAUAGCGUUGGCGACGGCGUUGACGAGGAGGAGGCGUUUCUUCUGCGGGGAACGUCGGCCUCUAGGACGCUGCUCCCGCGGCCCGAGCAGCCCUCGACGGACAGCCUCGAACACUUGUUCCUGGCGGUCGGAACCGGGGACCCCGCGACGGCGGCGGCGAAGAGUAGCGCUUCCGACGGGCUGCCACCGCCACCGUCUGCUGAUCACCGCCAUGGCGACGCCGCCGCCACAGGGAAACGUCCCCAGCAGCAACCCCCCCCCCGUCGUCGUGACCCGCCGCCGCCGACCCGUGCCAGCGUCGUGCUGUCGGACAUGGCACCGUCGUUCUCCGGAGAUCGAGACACGGACCAAGCGAGGGUCGCGGCGCUUGUCCUUGACGCCCUAGCGGCGUGCCUAGGGGAUGAGGUGUCGAGGCGGAGAGAGCCGCCGAGAAACGGGGCGGGAGAGCGGGGGGAGCAUUCCGUCGACCCGCUGGGCGGAGGAGAAGGGAGCGGUGCUGUUCGUCUUGGUGGAGAUGUUACUGGCGGGGGGAAAGUUGCGCGAAUGCGACGGGAGGAGGGAAACGAGCUGGGGGCUACUACCGUAGGAACCUUGUCUUCGAACGUGGGAGGAUCGAGCAUCGGCGGUACCGCUGCAGAAACGUCUAUGUCUUCACCACGCAAACACGCGGUUGGAGGGAGAGAUGAGUGGGGGGGGAUUGCGGGAGAAGGGACAGGGCUGCUGGCGCGCGGAGGAACGUUCCUGGGAAAGUUCUUCGCCGGGAGGGACGAGCGGGAGGUGAAGGAAGAGGCCGAGAGGCUGUUCGAAAGGGUGAAGGUAGUCAAGCCCCCCGCUUCCCGCUCCGGCUCCGGAGAGAUGUACCUCCUAGCCACAGGGUUCUUGUUGGGUGGAUGGAAGACGUAA